CCGGUGGGUAAACCCGGAAGGAAAAUAGAGUAACAACAACCGUAAUAGACAGUUAUGUGAGUUUUAUUAAGGUUUUAGCAUGUAUAUUAGAUGUGGAGGAGAAGCAGGUUGAGGGCGUGUUGUCCAAAAAAAAGAGCACGCGUGUUGGAGCCGGAGUCGGAACCCGAGCCGGAGCCGUCCGCCUGCUGGCAGAGGGACGGGCUGAAGCAGCAGCAGUAUGUCUGGACAGAACGAGUCGUGCUGGUCAGGGGACGAAACUGUGGGUGUCCUCAGGUGUCUCCUCGUGGCCUGGGAGGACUGGGUGGCUUGGGGGAAUCUUCAGGACUACCUCAGCUUCCUGGAGUACCUGCUGUGGGUGUUCACGCCCCUGGCCAUCGUCUUCAUCCUGCCUUUCGUCAUUGUCAUCCUGCUCUACCUGUCCAUCCUCUUCCUGCAUGUGUACAAGCGCAAGAACCAGCUGAGAGAGGCCUACUCUUAUAACCUGUGGGACUGCGCCAGGAAGACGCUGGCCACGCUGUGGGACGGCCACGGAGCCAUAUGGCACGGUUAUGAAAUCUGUGGUUUAGAGAAGAUUCCAGAAGAAGGCCCCGCCCUCAUCGUCUACUAUCACGGAGCGAUUCCCAUCGACUACUACUACUUCCUAGCGAGAGUGAUCAUUCAGAAAGGCCGUGCGUGUCACUCGGUGGCUGAUCACUUCCUGUUCAAGAUCCCAGGGUUCAAGCUGCUGCUGGAGGUGUUCAGCGUGAUCCAUGGGCCGCAGGAGGAGUGCGUGAAGGCUCUGCGCAGCGGUCACCUGCUGGGAAUCUCUCCCGGAGGCGUACGGGAGGCUCUGUUCAGCGACGAGACGUACACGCUGCUGUGGGGCAAACGCAAGGGCUUCGCACAAGUGGCCAUCGAUUCCAAAGUGCCAAUCAUUCCCAUGUUUACUCAGAACGUCCGGGAGGGAUUCCGCUCUCUGGGAAAUUUGAGAUUUUUUAGAUGGCUGUAUGAGAGGUUUCGUCUCCCGAUCGCGCCUAUCUACGGAGGAUUCCCGGUCAAAUUCCGCACUUACCUAGGCGACCCCAUUCCCUAUGAUCCCAAACUCACAGCGGCCGAGUUGGCAGAAAAGGUGCAGGCAGCGGUUCAAGAGCUUAUCGACCGACACCAAAAGAUACCCGGCAGCAUCCUACGAGCUCUCCUGGAGCGAUUCCACAUGCGCCCCAAAGACGAAUAACACGAAGUUCUUUCAGGUGCUCUACGACCGAUUGCACAGCACGCCUGAAGAGGAACGGCACGGCUUCCUCUCGGGCUAAAAAAAAAAACAAAACUCUACGACUUUUAUUCCCAGCAUAACUUUAACAGAGAACUGGAAGUGCUACCAAAUUAAUAUAUCCUCUAGAUGUGUGAUCUUUUGAUGUUACUGAUAUUCGUGGCAUGGGCACGUCGGCAAAUGUCACCGAAAAAAAACAAAACAAAAGGAAUCUCUAAUAACGGUGUGUAUUAUGUCUCGUGUGCACAUGAAGUGGAAGACCGUGCAUCGUGUGUUUCUUAUGUUGUUUUUCGUUUGUUUGUUUUUUUACUUAUUUGCACACUUCGAUCGUUUUGAAGGACCACUGCCAAAACAAACGAGGCCUUUUGGUUACUUGAUGUCAGAAAUGACGAAAUGGCUUUUAGAGCUGGUGCGAUUUUAAAAUGAACGUAUUUCUUACAUAUAAAAAAAAAAUGUCACGAUUGACAUAAUAAUGGGAAAAAUACUUUUUAAAUGAAACAUACUGUGAUUAUCUGUGAUUCGGGACUGAAUGGGAUAUACUGCGUUUGACUGUGAAGGUCGUUUGGCUCAAAAUCUUUCGGAUUAUUCUCGAUUUUUCUUGUUUUAAGAUGGCAUGGUUCUGCUAAAAUCAAGGCUUGAUUAAUAAUAAUAAUAAGAAGAAGAAGAAUACCGAGCUGUCACAUUAAUGAGGGAAAUCACAACAUUCCUGGAAUAUGAACACUUGACCAGCAGAACAACUACUAAGCAUCAUGAUUAUUGCUUUUAUAUCUGCGAUUUUAUUGCAUCCGACUUCUAAAAGGUGUUUUAAAAGGUGUUUGGUAUGAUUUUCUGAAUAGGAAAAAUACAUACACACUUAUACCAAGUUGCCAGUUUUAGAUGCAUCUACCUACCUAUCUUUUAUAUGAUGUAACCCUACAGUCAGGUCGUGCUUUUAUAGGAAAAUAAUCAACCAUUGUGUGGUGUGAUAAAGUGGAGUUACUGUUACCGCCCAGAAAAAAAACUUUCAAAGAUCAGAGCGCACGACAAACGGAGUUAUCGACUCCCGAAAGAAGGAAUCGAUUCUGAACGGCUGAAUCGAGUCGUUAGUGAUUCCAGACUUUACUUCCUGUACUGACCUACGUAGGUUCGUAACAAAAAGCCCCGCCUCUGGUCUUCAUCGGCUGCACGCCGACGGCGGUAGACCGAUCACGACAGACUGAUACGCCUGACCAAUCAGAGCAGAGCAUGCUCUCUGAAAGGAGGAGUUUAGAACGAAUCCUUUAGAACGGAUCAUUUAAAGAGUCGUUUGUGACACUGGGGGGGGAAAAAAAGGUAACGCUGCAGUUUAAAUUAUGAGCGCGUUAAAGUGGACCUCGGAUGCGUGUAAAUCGAUCGGUAUAAGACCUCAAACAAAAUUAGGCACGUUUCAGAACGUGCUCUUUAAUUAGAAUUAAAAAUAAAAAUAAAAAUCGCAGUAUGUUGGAAAACUUAGUUACAGCUUCGCCUGUUACAAAACGCUGACGCUGGAGACUCCUUCCACGAGCGUUAAAUAAACACGUCCUGACAUAUCAACAAAUCUACACGUGUCAGGAUGGAUAUAAGUGCGUGAUACAAGUCAAUACAGCAAGUUGCUAUAGAAACGAUAACGUAUCAGAACGAGCGCAUUGAUAUAAAUGUGCGAUUUGGAGCUGCGCUACUGUCACAGCCGCUGUCGGAGAAAAUUAAUCAACACACUUCUGACCAAUCGGUAAUUGUAUAUCUACACGGUAGGUGGAUCUGAUAAACCGGCAACUCCGUAUACAUAUCGAUGAUUAUGUACAUAAUAUCUAAAGCAUCGUAGUGGGAACAAACACCCGACUGCUUUUUGUUCUUCUUGAACCUUCUGUCUGUCCGUAACGUCGUUAUUAAUGAAGGAAUGUGUUAUCUUUGUGCAGAUGAGCUCAUUGUUAGCCCCGCUAGCACUUCAGAGCUUACUGUUUCUGUAAUGGACUGGGGAGCGUGAGCACGAACACGGCGAUGCAAAGCGCAUCCGUGUGACCAUCGUGCGGCGUGUGACCCUGUACUGAUCCGCCCAGUGGUGCACUAAUUGUAGAUGAAAAAACGCUAAAAAUAAAAACGUAUUUUUUUGAUUA